AUGCAAGAAUGGAGUGAUGUCGAGCUCUGUCUUGAUGAUGAAGCACCAGAAGUCGUUGGAAAAGAACAAGUAUUGAUUCAACCCCUCACAACUACUCAACAACCACUCUCGGAAAUCAUUGACAAAUCAAACACAUUACCCAACAAUCUUUCUCAUCAAACAAUUCCACCAAACGAGAAAGUCAUAGAUAACAUAGAAGAAAUGGUAAUAGAAAAUAAAGAAGAAAUAACAAAUGGAAAUAAAGAAAUGGUAAUAGAAAAUAAAGAAGAAAUGAUAAACAAUAAAGAAGAAAUGAUAAACAAUAAAGAAGAAAUGAUAAAUGAAAAUAAAGAAGAAAUGAUAAAUGAAAAGAAAGAAGAAAUAACAAAUGGAAAUAAAGAAGAAAUGACAAAUGAAAAGAAAGAAAUAGAAAGAAGGAUAGAAGAAGAGGCAAGAAAAGAAAAAGAAUGGGGGAAGUGGAGAAAUGAAAAGAGAGAAAGAAAGACACUACUUGAAAUGUAUGGGAUUAAAGGAUUAAAAGAAGAAAGUAUAAAAGUGCUUGUAGCAGGAGAAAGGAGUAUUGAAGUAUUUCAACAAGUGAGUGAUGAAGUAGAGGAUUUUAAGAAUGAAGGAGAAAAUAAAGGAGAUGUAAGAGAAGAAGAAAAGCAAGAAGAAGUUUUAGUUGAAGAAGAAAGAGAAGAAAUGGGUAAAAUGAAAGAAGAAAAAGCAACAGAAGAAGAGAAGAAUAUAAUUGAUGAAGAAAAGAAAGAAAAGAGUAAGAAAGAUAAAGAAGAAGAAGGAACAAAAGCAAAGAAAAUAGGAAAAGGAGGAAAGAAUAGUUUAAAAGGAUUAAGAAAUGAAAUGAAUAGAAAGAAAAGAAUAAGAAAAACAAGUCGUGUGAUAUGGAUAGAAGAAGAGAUGUGA